AGACCCAAAAUUACCCGUCGAUUUUACAAUAUCCUGACCACUCCUUUCUUCAAAAAUUCUCUGCUGUCAUCACGUAACCACCAUUUCCUUCCGGUUCAUGGCCGGCGCGUGGUCUCCCAUCGCUCGCCGCGUACUCGGUUCCACUGUAAUCGAGCUGAGCAGAAGCAACUCUCGCGCCGGAGCUUCGUUUCCGGUACGGAUAUCCGCCAGGAGCCAUGGCGUAUCCACUUGUGAAGAGCGAGAGGCACCUCUAGCACCUUCAUGUAUUUUCGUCGGACCUAUUGAAACAGCUAGCAAAGAAACUUUAGAAGCCCUCUAUCGCCAGGCACGUGAUGCUUAUUACAGUGGAAUGCCUUUAAUAGUUGAUGAUAUGUUUGACAAAGUAGAGUUAAGAUUACGGUGGUAUGGUUCAAAGCAUGUAGUCAAGUAUCCCCGUUGUAGUCUCAGGCGGCACUCAACUUAUGCUGACGCAGAGGAAGAUCCUUCACAGGUGUUUGCAUUAGCAAGUGUAUGGUUGUUGAUUCUUGGAUUUGGGAGUUCAUUCUUGAUUGUGCCUUUAAUCUGCACCAUCGUUCAAGCUUAUCAAGACACAUUUGAAUCAGGAAUGCCCUACACUGAUCAAUCUUUUGAGUUGUUUACCAUUCUCAAUGGAAUCCUUUUUAUGGUGUUGGGAUCUAUCAUAGGCUUUCCAAUUGCUUCGGCCUCAGUUGGAGCACUUCAAGGACUUUGGAAAAAUGACUUGGUAGCUCUGAAAGGGGCAUGCCCAAACUGUGGUGAGGAGGUGUUUGCUUUCCUGAAAGCAGAGAAAUCCUAUCAUUCCCCGCAUAGAGCUGAUUGUCAUGUUUGUGGAAGCAGAUUAGAAUUUCAAACCAAGGUUGAGCAAUCCAUCUCAAGACCUGGCAGACGUUGGGUUUAUGGUCGCGUUUACUUAAUUAGACAGAGGCAAAGAUGGGCGUGAUAAUGAUGUUCGUUGAAUUCCCCUCAGUUAAUCCUGAUGAUCACGAAGCGUUAUGUACACCUUCUUAUCAGCCACAGCACAGUUCGCCUUUCAUGUGCUAUCUCCAUACUAAAUAGAUUUGAAAAUUAUACUGCAAUCGGUUGAAAAGCUGUUUGGGUUCUUAAAUACAACUCAACGGCAUGUCUCACAUCAUGAAACAUUUACUAGUAAUAUAAUAGAAGAAUUCCGCCCAGAUAUUUAGACACUAUAGUCUAUUUGCUCAUGCU